AUGUCGGCGGCGCGGCGGCGCGAGCCCUCGCCCAGGGCAUCCCCCGCGGCGGCGCCAGCUCAGUGGCUCGCCGGCUUCGCCUCCUUCCUGCUGCCCUGGGCGCCCGCCUGGCUCCGCGCCCUCUACAAGCCCGUGCACGUCUUCUUCGGCUCCGCCAUCCUCGUGCUGGCCGUGGCCUCGUGCGUGUCGGGCAUCAACGAGAAGCUCUUCCUGAGCCUGAAAAACGGGACAGCGGCGUAUGCCCRGCUGCCCGCCGAGGCGGUCUUUGCCAACACGCUGGGCCUCCUGAUCUUGCUUUUCGGGGGGCUGGUGCUGUGGGCCCUGGCCAGGCCAGACUGGAAGCGCCCGGAGGCGGAGGCGGCCGACACGCGCCAGCCCCUGCUCGGUGGUGAGCACUGAGGCCCCUGCAC